AUGGACGGAUUCACAAAGCUACAUGAGCUCUACGACAACCCAUCGAAUGUCUUAUUCGAGGAGGAGAACUUCCUUGACUACCGGCCAGGCGGAUUUCAUCCUGUUGCUCUCGGAGAUACUUUGAAAGAUGGCCGGCUCGAGCAAUGGGUGUCCGUCAAAAUCGCUAACGCGGAGAGGACAAAUCGGUCUCGAGAGCUUCAAGUUCUACGAGCAUUGGCGCAAUACUCAAAUGUGAAUCCAGGUUCUGAACAUAUUGUUCAACUACUCGACGAUUUCCUCCAUGAAGGCCCCAACGGAUGUCAUCAGUGUCUCGUGUUCGAACUUCUCGGCCCUACUUGUCAACAUAAUGUAUCGACCCAAAUGCUAGAAGCUGUUGCCUUUAUGCACGAGGCUGGCUAUGCACACGGAGAUCUUAGCAUAAAAAACCUCGCCUUCUAUAACGAUCGCUUAUCUCGUCUAUCCGAAGAAGAACUCUUUGAAGCACUUGGGACUCCGAAUCCAGAAGAGUUAACUCGAUUAGAUGGCAAACCCCUCGGACAAGGCAUCCCUACCCAGCUGGUAGAAUCAGCACUGUGGACUGGUUGGCCACUUGAUGACGACGAAGACGAUGAAAAUGUUCGCAUUAUUGAUCUAGGAGAGGCAUUUAAUCAGACUGCCGUACCUAAAAACCUUGCACAGCCUGGAGGCUUGCAAGCGCCCGAAUCGAUUUUUACCGGCAAGAUUGAUUACAAACAAGACUUAUGGCGUGCAGGCUUAGUGAUCUAUUAUCUCAUCUUCGGAGCUUUGCCGUACAGCUGGUGGGGAAUCAACCCUUUGGUUGAAGCGAUGAUCGACGUUUUUGGGGAGCUACCGCCGGAGUGGGAGUCAAAGUGGGAACAGAUGAGGUCCGAUGCUGUAGCUAGAGGGGAUCCCGGGGCUGGAAAAUGGAAACAACUUCCGGACUGGCGACUGGAAAGGCAGUUUGAUAAACAUGUCCAUGAGCCGGAAUUGAAGGCUUUUCUUCCGGUGAUCCAAGGAACCCAUAACGAUGGCAACGCCAACACUUACCCAGCCACUUACCACCAGGGGACGGCAACGUUGCAACUCUAUGCUCACCAUCUAACAGCAUCCAAAGCCCCUGGAGGACCUCCCAAGUGUCAUAUGACUCAGCUGAAGGCAUAUGCCAUGACCAGCGACAAGGAGAUAUUUGUGAGAGGGGCGGCUGUGUACCGCAAUAAUCGUGACCGGGCCAAAACCAAUCAAGAUGAUUUCAUUGAUCAUGCCAAUCGGGUGGCUCGAUGCGCACUUGCUGAUACUCCGUCAACCACAUUCACGAACAGCGGUACGUCCCUAUCAGUACUAUAUGCAAUCCAAUCCACGUUCACGGGCCUCAAUUGA